AUGACUCUCAGCUAUCGCAAUGCAGUCGCCGUGGCGGAGACUGUCUUUUAUUCGCCCGCAUUCCUGAUUGCAGGCCUUCUCAUGUUUCGUCAUGGAUGGCGAAGGAGCGCAGGAUGGCUAUUCGUCGCUAUCUUCACGCUUAUGCGUCUCAUAGGCGCCUCGAUGCAACUGGCCACAAUCCACGACCCGAGCAAUGUCAGCCUUUAUGUCGGCACAGUGAUUCUCGACGGCAUCGGCCUCUCUCCUCUCCUGCUCUCCAGUCUGGGACUGCUCUCCCGUGCUCUCUACAGCAUCAACAAGACCAAGCCGACCAAACUCCAUCUAGCAGCAGUCCAUCUCAUCGAGAUCCUGACCAUCGUCGCCCUGAUCCUCAGCAUCGUGGGUGCAACCUCCGUGCCGUCUUCCAGCUUCCUCUCCCGCACCCAACAGACCAAUACAGAGAUGACCGUCGGCAUCGCCCUCUUCCUCGCCGCGUUCGGCCUCCUGUGUCUACUGGUGCUGAGCACGUGGCCCUCCAUGCGACACAUCGAGAAGGGUGAGAAGCGUCUCCUGUUCGCCGUCACCCUCUCCCUGCCUUUUAUCCUUGUCCGGCUCAUCUACUCCUCGUUCUCGAUCCUCGGCGAGAACCCCGACUUCAGUCGGACUACGGGGAGCACCACGAUCUUCCUCUGCAUGACCCUGCUGAUGGAGGCUUGCGUGGUGGUCAUCUACGAGGGGACAGGCUUGACGCUGCAGCGGCUGUCGUCGGAUGAGCUUUCGCAGAUCUACGCUAGUCGGCAGGGGCCGCGACGAGAUGAUGCGCAGGAGAAUGGGCUUGGUGGAAAGCUUGCCCGCAUUGGACAGAAGACGCUUAUUGGACGACUGGUCAUGGCGAUUUCGGGCAAGUCGUCGCAGAGUCGUUAUUAA